AUGCUCCGAAGUGUUGGAAAAGUCUCGCGGGCUGUCUCCUUGCAACAACAACGAUUCCUCAAUCUUCAAGAGUUUCAAAGUAAAGAAGUUCUUGCCAAACAUGGCUGCAGUGUUCAGCAAUUCCUUGUCGCGUCAAGCCGCAAGGAAGCUGAGGAGAAAUGGAUGACGUUCGGCGAUCAUGAGUACGUCGUCAAAGCUCAGGUUCUCGCCGGAGGUCGUGGAAAAGGCAAAUUCCUCAACGGAACCAAAGGAAUCGGAGGGGUUUAUAUCACCAAAGACAAAACCGAUGCUCUUGAAGCCAUUGAUGAGAUGAUUGGAAAACGACUUGUCACGAAGCAGACGACCGCCGAAGGUGUUCGCGUCGAUCAGGUUAUGAUCGCCGCCGGCGUUGAUAUAGAUAGGGAGACAUAUCUCGCAGUUCUAAUGGAUCGAGAAUCCAACGGACCCGUCGUUGUUGCCUCACCAGACGGCGGAAUUGAUAUUGAAGCGGUCGCUGAGAAGACGCCAGAGCGAAUCUUCAAGACACCGAUUGACGUCGAAAUCGGAAUGACCGAAGCGCAGGCGCUCAAAAUUGCCAAACAAUUGCAAUUCUCCGGCGAACUUGUCGGCGUUGCCGCCAAGGAAAUCAAAAAGUUGUACGAGUUGUUUAUUGCCGUCGAUGCCACCCAAGUCGAAAUCAACCCAUUAGUCGAGACCAAGGACGGAAAAGUGUUCUGUGUCGAUGCCAAAAUGAACUUUGACGAUAGUGCGGCAUACAGGCAAAAAGAAAUCUUCUCAUAUGACACCAAAGAGGAGAAAGAUCCGCGUGAAGUUGAUGCUGACAAAUACAAUCUUAAUUAUAUCGGAAUGGACGGAAAUAUUGCCUGCCUUGGGACACCAUGCACUUAA